AUGGGAAAGAAGCGAGUUCUCGUAUCCUACGGUGUCGAUAUCGAUGCCGUCUCCGGAUGGCUAGGCUCAUAUGGCGGCGAAGACAGCGCCAGUGAUAUCAGUCGAGGUCUCUUCGCCGGCCACGUGGGAACCCCGCGUCUCCUUAAGCUUUUUGAGAAAUACGGCAUCAAAGCCACCUGGUUCAUCCCCGGUCACUCACUCGAGACUUUCCCCGAAGAAUGCGCCAUGGUCCGCGACGCGGGCCACGAAAUCGGCUUGCACGGGUACAGCCACGAGAACCCAACAGACAUGACAAUUGAGCAGCAAAAAAUUAUCCUCGACAAGACCUACCGCAUGAUUACAGACUUUUGUGGGAAACCACCGCGCGGCACGGUUGCGCCGUGGUGGGAGACAUCCCAGGAGAUGACGGAAUUGCUGCUCGACUAUGGGAUCGAGUACGAUCAUUCCAUGCUGCAUCAUGAUUGUCAGAUGUACUGGCUUCGGACGGGCGAUAGCUGGACGAAGAUCAAUUAUAGCCAGAAGCCAGAGACUUGGAUGAAGCCUUUGGAGAGGGGUAAGGAGACAGGGCUAGUGGAGAUACCGGGAAAUUGGUACCUUGAUGACUUGCCACCGAUGAUGUUUAUCAAGAAGGCGCCAAAUAGUCAUGGUUGGGUGAAUCCGAGAGAUGUGGAGGAUAUUUGGAAGGAUCAUUUCGAUUAUUUCUAUCAUGUUUCCGGUCGUCCGCAUGUUCUUCUUAUGCAUGAAAGGGUUAGGAUCAUCGAACACAUCAAUAAACACGAGGGCGUGGAGUGGGUGACUAUGGAGCAGAUGUGCGAUGAGUUUAAGAGCAAGAACAAACCUCCUGCUGGUGCUAGAAUGCCCGCUCCUCCUUCAUCAGUGCUGAAAUAG